AUGACCCCCCGACCUAACCCCGCCUCCCUACGGGCCCGGCCGCGGAAACGAACGAGAUAUUUCCCCCCGCCCGUCGCCCUCUCCUGCCGGCGGGUGGGAGCCCGCGGGGGAUCGCGCCGGAACCGGCCGCCGAGGAUCCCCGUGGGACCCCGGCGACGCCCGCCGGGGGCCACGCAGGCGAGCCUGCGUGUCGAGCCGCGGGGCCCGAUGUCGGGGACGCGCCCAGCGUGGCAGUAUGCUGGAAGCGCGCGGCGGGCGCCGCCAAUUGACGCCCCAUGGGGGGCCCUCGCCGGCCUCGGCGAGGCCCCAUGCCCCCCACCGACCGGGGACGACGGCCCCCCCCCACUGACGGGACGCUCGCCCCCGGCGGGCGAGACCCCUCCCCCCCGAGCCGCGGGUAAUGGGCCCGACGCGCCGCCCGACCGCCCGAGGUACGAGGCGGGUUCCGAACGGCACGCCGGCCGACCCGCGAAUGGAAGAGCCCCCCGGACGGGCACCGCAUCCCCGAGACGGCGCCCGCGAACGAAUGCACUCCUCCCCGCGAUGGCGUCGGCGUCUGAAUCCCCCGGCGCGCCCGGAACCGCGGGAGCCCUCCCCCCCGCCGAAAUGCCCGUCGGACGAGUAAUCUCGCCCUCGAUCACCGGGGCGGAGAGAGCGAUGGCCGAGAAAGCCCCGCCGGGCCGGGGGGGGGACCCCCGCGGCGCGACCGCGGAGGGCGCUGCUGCGCCGGGCCGCCCCCGGCUUGUCGGGCGGCGCGUUAGCCGAACCACUCCCAGCGAACGGACUCCCGGUAUAAUCGAAUCGGAGCCGGAGCCGGCGGGACCGCCCGGCGGGGGGGACCGACCGGCCGGCCGGUCGACCGACGUGAUUCCCCGCCACGGGCGGAAUCCUGCCCCGCCGGCGCGAAGCGGGACGGGCCCCAGUCGCGACGACUCCCCCGCCCUUCGACGGCCCGGCGACCGACCGGCCCUUUGCGGCCCGGGGAUGUAA